CAGCUGCUGAGUUGCUCAGACAUGGCGGAGGGUACAGUGUAACUGAGGACCAACGGCAGCGUAAAGUGAGUUUUCCAAGCAGUUAAGUUGGCGAGGGGAGCAUGAAAUGACCCAGAAGGAGAGGAAAAUGUGUUCAGCCGACGAGUACGUGGAGGGGAAGCAAAAAACGAGCGGAACCGCUCCAUGUUAGGAAGAUGGAAACAUGUAUCGCUGUUUAGUGCAGUCAACAGCCUUGGGCAACAAAUAUGGCUUCUUGUGCCUUUUUCAAUAUGUUAUAAAAUCCGAUUUCCCUUGCAACCUAAUGCCGCGGUGGUUCCGGCGAACUUCUGCGAGCAGCGGUAAGUUCAGUUCUGGAAUCGUUCGGUUCUUCUGAUCGGUGAAGAUCCGCUCGGCCGUCUGGGGUUAGCUGGGGAAGCUACGGAACUACAGCAGAUAGCUAUGGAGCCAAAGCACAAAGAGUUGCUAGACCAGUGCCACCAGAACUUACUGGAGUCCAUAACAGAUGCGGACCGUGUGAUCGAGCUGCUGAUAGUUUCGGGUACUUUGAGUCAACUGGACAGGUUUGAACUGGAGCAGAACUGCGCGUCCAGCGCCGAGAAAGUCGAUCAUCUCCUGAAGAUGCUGAUGAACAAGGAGAGCGACCAUUUCCUCGACCUGUGUGUGGCCCUGGAGAAGGCAUACCCUGACCUGCACUCUGCCCUGUUCAGCAACAACGGCGGUGGACCCGUGGACCACUCCACUGGUUCCACGUACAGCGUCCUGUCCACCAUGCCAUCAGACUCGGAAAGCAGCAGUUCUCUCAGUAGUGUUGGUUCGCCUGUAAAUGGUGAAACAUCCUCCCCUCCCCCAGCCGUUAACGACAACCGACAUGCCAGUGAAAACCUGGACACCAUCCUCUUGCAGCUCCGCCAGGUGACCAGGGAGCGAGAUGAGCUUCGGAAGCGUCUGGCGUUGGCAUCGCCUGGGACCACCUUCGAUGACUGCAGGCCAAAUCCCAAAGCCAGCCAUGACUAUGAACGGCUGAAAAGUCAGUGCAUGAGGGCCAUGGCAGAUCUGCAAUCUCUCCAGAACCAGCAUACCAAAACACUAAAGAGGUGUGAGGAGGCUGUGAAGGAAGCGGACUUCUACCACAUGCUGCACAGUCGUGUCCUGGGCGACCAGACACAACUGAAGGAGGAGAUGGAAACAGUCAGGAGGGAUAACGCCCAACUUGUCCGAGAGCACAACCACCUGAAACAGAACUGCGAGGAGCUAAAACGGCUGCACAGUCAAGACCAACAGGAGCUGUCAGACCUUCGGCAGCAGCAGCAGGAGGUGAUGAGGGAGAAAGGCUCAUCAGAGGUGUUGAAUAAGCUUUACGACACAGCAAUGGACAAACUGGAGGGUGUAAAGAAGGACUACGACGCCCUUAGCAAGCGCUUCGGCGAGAAGGUGGCCAAUCACAACACGGAUCUAAGUCGCCUGGAGCAGGCAGAGGAGGAGAACCGCAGGCUGCAAAAACAGAUGGAUGCAUUGUUAAAGCAGCGAGACUCAGCCAUGCACUACCAGCAGCAGUUCUCCACAUCAAUGAGGAGGUUUGAUUCAGUGCAGCAGGAGCUGAACAAGUCCUCGGCUCAGAACAAGGAGCUGCAGAGGGAGAUGGAGCGACUGCAGUCAGAGGUUACACGCUACAAAAACCUGCAGCUGAAGGCAGCCAAGGACUGUGAGAAGUACAAGGAGGAGAGGGACUCUGUCUUUAAUGAGUACCGUCUCAUCAUGAGCGAGAGGGACCAGGUGAUCAAAGAGCUGGAUAAGCUGCAGACCGAAUUGGAGGCAGCUGAAGCACGACUGAAGAACACUUCCUCAGAGCGGGUGGUGGCUAGUGAAGAGUUAGAAGCACUCAGACAGGAGUUAAACUCUUCCCUGGUGGACCGGGACAGGGCCAUCUGUGAGAGGAACGAGCUGCUGGAGAAGUACUGCCAUGAAGUGAAGGACAAAGCAGAGGCCCAGAAGGAGCUGAGCCAGGCCUGUAAGGACAUCGAGAUGGUCCGAGAGGAGAGGGAUGUGGCUCGCAAGGAGAGGACUGAGGCCAUCAUUCAGAGGGAUCAGCUACUCAGAGAAUACUAUCAGGCCAGACAGAAACAAGACUCUGCUACCCUGGACAUGGAACGGGCAAAUAAGGAGAUUGAGAUGCUGAGGAAGCAGUAUGAAGCCAUGUCCCAGGAACUGAAGGAGGCCACACAGGAAGCAGAGGUGGCCAAAUGUCGAAGGGACUGGGCCUUCCAAGAGAGGGAUAAAAUUGUCGCAGAGAGGGAGAGCAUAAGAACUCUGUGUGACAACUUGCGGCGAGAACGGGACCGGGCCGUCAGCGAUUUGGCCGACGCCCUGCGUAACUUGGACGACAUGAGGAAGCAGAAGAACGAUGCAUUGCGAGAGCUCAAAGAACUAAAGGAAAAGAUGGAGAGUCAGCUGGAGAAGGAGGCCCGGUUCUGUCAGCUAAUGGCACAUAGCUCUCAUGACUCUGCAAUUGACACAGAUUCCCUAGAAUGGGAGACAGAGGUGGUGGAGUUUGAGAAAGACCGGGAGGAUAUGGAUUUGAAGGCUCUGGGGUUUGACAUUGCUGAGGGGGUAAAUGAUCCUUAUUUACCUGGAGACUGUGGAAUAUUUGUUACUAGGGUGGAUAAAGGAAGUGUUGCUGAUGGAAGGUUAAGAGUGAACGAUUGGUUGUUAAAGAUAAAUGACAUCGACUUGAGCAAUAAGGACAGAAAACAGGUGGUGAAAGCUGUCCUUAAUGGAGGCGGACUGAUCAACAUGGUGGUACGAAGAAGGAAGUCUCUGGGAGGAAGGCUGGUCACUCCUGUUCACAUCAACCUCAUGGGACAUAAAGACAGUGGUAUUGGUCUGGAAAGUGGGGUCUUUGUCACUGCCAUUGCCCAGGGAAGUCCUGCAGCCAGGGAGGGCUCGCUAACAGCUGGAGACAGACUUAUUGCUAUUAAUGGGAUCGCUCUUGAUAACAAAUCUGUGACGGAGUGUGAGGCUCUGUUGCGGAGCUGCAGGGACUCGCUGAGCCUCUCCCUUAUGAAGUUUUUCCCUCACAGCACAUCAGGUCAGAACAUUUUCGAGAGUCUGCGUGAUUCUUCAGAGAAGACCAAUGGACGCAUGCUUCUGUCUGAGAUACACUCCAGAAACAGUCGCAACCUGAAACACAACAGCUCGACACAGACUGACAUCUUUUGUCCUGAUGUUGGAAGUGCUAGCUCUAGCAGCAUCUCUGGGGACAGGAGGAAGCUCAGGGGGGAUGACGAGAUGUACGGGGAUGUGAGCAAACCAUUCUCCUCAGUUUCCCUGCAUGCUACUAGUCUGCGCCCACUGGCAGACCUGGGAACGGGCCGAUAUGGACCCAGUGCAUUUCAAGAGUGCUGCUCGUAUACAAAGGGACCUUCCUCCUUACCGUUCGAGCCAAUUUCUCACUCUGAAUGCAUCAAUAUGGAGACUGCCCUGGAGAAGAAGCACAGUGGCGGGACGUGGCCCAAGAUGAUGGUUGGCGGUAUGUCGGUAGUUCCAGACAGUUCAGGUCCAAUCACAGCAGCUGCCCAGCUCUCCAUCUAUAAAUCUCCCAAGCAGAGGAAGUCCAUAUUUGACCCAGACACUUUCAAACGCCCCGAAACUCCCUCCUCCAAGCUGGAGUACUUGACAGCCAAUCAGAUGUCAGCUGUAUCUUCGCACUCCCCACAGUCUUCAAAGACAGAGUCCCUCUCAUCCUCUUCUACCCCUACCCCAACCCCUCCUACACCUCCCACCCGCAGUGACUCUUUUAAAUUCAAACACAAACAUCAGAGCAGCUCCGCCUCAGACUGCACCAUAACCUCUGAUGGCAAAGGGGAGGCCUCCAUCUCCAUGGCAGCAGGAGAGGGCAGAGAAAGAAAUGAACGAGAAAGAGACAGGAACGGAAACCACUACUUUCUUGAAGGAAAGGUCCUGACUUCCAGAAAGUCAUGUGAUGAGGACAUUGGCCGUACCAGAGGGGAGGAGCCAGAAGUGAAGAGGCCUCGGCCGAAAUCUGCCCCGGCUCUGCGACGUCGGACCCCAAAGACCAUUACUCAUCCCAUUUAUCAGAGCUAUUCCAACGAUGAUCAUUCACCAGACUCCAGGGACGUGCUCCACUCCUCCCCCAGCCCCUCAAAUCGCCACAGUGUCGGCUUGGUCCCGGCUGUCUACAACGGAUCCCUACCCCCCAAUUCAGCCCAUCGCGGACUGUCUCCUUGUCCCGCUGUGACAGCUGUGAUGAGGAAUCCUGUAUAUACUGUGCGCAGUCACCGCGUUCAUACUAGCAACUGUCCAUCUGUAGCAUCUCAGAUUUGUCACCAGCACACCCACACCAGCCCCCAGCACCAGGGUCGCCUGAGCCUGGACCUGAGCCAGCAGAAGCGCACCAGUGAUUACUCUGAAACGGCCUCAUCACGCAGCAGCAGAGCAUCACACGGUACAAAUUCACUGCCCUCCGGCACACGACUCGGUUCUUCCAGUAAUGUUCAGUACCGCACAGAAAGGAUCAAAAUCCCCUCGACUCCCCGUUACCCGCGCUCUAUGCUGGGCUCAGACAGAGGGUCUCUGUCGCACUCUGAGUGUAGCAGUCCAAGUCUCAUCACCCCACCACAAUCGCCACUGAAUCUUGAGACAUCCUCAUUUGUCAGCAGCCAAUCUCAAGGCUCCAUUUCCACAUUACCUCGCAUCUCAGUGAGCCCUGUGCCAAUAGGAGAGCGCAGAAAAGACAGACCAUACUUGGAGGAACCACGCAACGUGAUCGUGCACAAGGGGGCAGAGCCUCUGGGCAUCUCUAUAGUCAGCGGGGAGAAUGGAGGGAUCUUUGUCUCAAAAGUUACCGGAGGGAGCAUCGCUCACCAGGCUGGGCUGGAGUACGGAGACCAGUUACUGGAGUACAAUGGCAUCAACUUGCGGAACGCCACAGAGCAGCAGGCACGUCUCAUCAUCGGACAGCAGUGUGACACCAUUACCAUCAUGGCCCAGUACAACCCCCAUAUGUACCAGCUGGGCAACCACUCUCGCUCCAGCUCCCGUCUUGAGCCUGUCAGCACUCAGUUGACACCCCAGGGGAGCGGAACUGCGACUCCUGACAGCCACUCUGCUAUUGAUACUCUCAGUGAGCAGGACGAGGGUACGCUCACCCCCUCAUCCAAGCAGACCACUCCUACUACUAGCCCUAACAGUUGUGUCAGAAUGCCAUCUGAGAGCAACAGGAGGGUGAGUGAGCCCCGACUGGUGACUGUCCACAGGCCUGGUGUGGAGGUAGGAGUUACGCUCUGUGGAGGGAACCUGCGGGGCAUCUACAUAGAGAGCGUGGAUGAGGACAGUCCUGCCAGAGGCCCUGAUGGGCUUCUUCCUGGGGACCUCAUCCUGGAGUAUAACUCGGUGAACAUGAAGAAUAAGANNGCAGAAGAGGUGUACGUGGAGAUGCUAAAACCAGCGGAGACGGUUACAUUAAAGGUGCAGCAUCAGCCGGAUGAUUUCAGCUCAGUCAAAGAUGUACCAGGAGAUGGUUUUUAUAUUAGAGCACUUUACGACAGGGUGGGGGAGGCAGAAGGAGACCUCAGUUUCAAGAAGGAUGACAUCCUGUAUGUGGAUGAGUCGUUACCAAAGGGCAGCUUUGGAACCUGGAUGGCCUGGCAGCUAGAUGAGAACGCACAGCAGAUCCAGAGAGGACAGAUCCCCAGCAAAUACAUGAUAGACCAAGAGUUUUAUCGCAGACACAGUGUGACAGAAAUGAAGGAAGAUUCAAGUAAGACCAUCUCUGCUGCCGCCCGCCGAUCCUUUUUCAGGAGGAAACAGAAACACAAACGCAGCAGCUCCAAAGACAGUAAAGAGAUGGUGCCUCUGGACACCAUUAGCACCGACUCCAUCCCCUUCUUGGAUGACUGUGUAAGCCUCGCAUACCAGCGGGUCCAGAAGGUAGAGUGCACCUCUCCCCGACCGGUACUCGUACUCGGGCCUCUCAGUGACCCAGUCAAGGAGAUGCUGGUCAAAGAAUCCCCUGGGAAGUUCUGCAGAUGCCUGCUGGAGGUGAUGAAGGCCUCCCAGCAAGCCAUCGAGCGUGGCGUCAAAGAUUGCCUCUUCAUUGACUACAAGCGCAGGAGUGGACAUUUUGAUGUCACCACUGUUGCUUCUAUAAAGGAAAUAACAGAUAAGGGCUGUCAUUGUUUGCUUGACAUCGCCCCGCAUGCCAUCGAAAGGCUCCACAGUGUUCACAUCUAUCCUAUUGUUGUCUUCAUCCGCUACAAAAACGCCAAGCAGAUUAAGGAACAGAAGGAUCCCAUUUUCCUGAGAGAUAAAGUAUCUCAAAAACAUUCCAAGGAGCAAUUUGAAAGCGCGCAGAAGAUAGAACAAGAAUACAGCAAAUUUUUCACAGGUAUUGUCCAAGGUGGAAACCUCCCAUACAUUUGCACUCAGAUCACCACUAUAGUUGAUCAAGAACAAAGUAAAGUCCUGUGGACUCCACUUGGCUCCCCCUAGAGGAGACCGGCCGCCACUACAGCGAGUCGAGGCUCUGCUCUCAUUCCCUAAACACUAAUUAACUCUUCCACACCAAUAGGUACACUACCAUGAGCUAGUUGUGUAAAUUAUUGAUAUAUUUUUUUUAAUUUUGUCUUUCUUAUGUUUUAUAAUCGGUCUCCUUUAUCUCUGAUGUUACUCUGAAGCAGGUUGGUAGCAUUGCUUAUAAACGUUCUGGUUCAGUCAGUCUUCCCUGAGGAUUUCUGUCGGUGUGUGUCGUUAUGCUGCAUUGUAUGUGUCCGUUUACAGUCCCCAGAUUAGUCUGAAUAUUGAUGUUCAGUAAUGAGUGUCCCUUGACCAUAAACCUCAACACUAAUGAAGUUCUGCCGCUCCUGACAUUUGUGGUGUCCCUACAAUUAUGCACCCAUUUGAUGAUGACUGACAACUAAUUAUAAGUUAUUUUAAUGUACGUACGUUUUUUUUUAAUUAUUAUUAUUAUUAUUUGUGCACGUAAGGGUUGAAAAGUGAGAACACAGCUUUAUGAUUAAACCAGUUUCUGCAAAUGGUUUGUAGCAGAAAUUCAGUGCUUUGGAAACGUAAUACCAGCAUUGAAAUCAAUCAUUACAUUUCUUUAAAAGUGCAAAUACAUUCAACCUCUUUAACAUGUGUAGCUGUGGGUUUAAUGAAGUAGCCUGCCACGAGUCUCAUGUUUCGCUCUAUGCAUAGUUCCCAUAGCAGCUGGGUGCGUGGACAGUUAGUAGGCCUUUCAGAAGUGCCUUUACAAACGAAUAUUCAUUUUAAACCAACCCAGGAUCAUUUAACACUAAUAAUGACGAGUUUUAGGUUUGCUUGUUUUUUUUUUUGUUUUUUUUUGUUUUAAUAGUCCACCUUAAGCUAGACGAUUAAGGGGCUGAUUUGAAACCAGCACAGUUUGGAGUGAGAAACAACGGUAAGGCUUUGAAGAAACAGUUUAACUCCUCAGAAUGCACUCCAGGUUAAGACUAACCACUGUGUAACUAUUGUUCCGCUCCUUUAACAUGUAUUUAUGAAUAAAGCUUAUGCCACAUAUAUAUGCAGACAGAUCUGGUAAGAUAACAUAUAUAACUAUAUUAAAUGUAUUGUCACUUGGUAACACUCCUUUGAGCCUUUUGCAUUAUGUCUCAACAGGUUUUUAGCAUGUUUUUAUUUAGUCCUUGUGGUUGGUUGUCAGUCACCCUAUUCAAUUUAAAGACACGCUAAGAAGCAUAGUUUGCAGGGUAAUAUCUUUAGGGAUUUUUUUCCUCAAAUAUCAUUAAAUGUAAGUGACUUUUAACUGUUGUUUGAUAGUUUUUUAAAUUCAGAAUGCAAAAAGUAAACCCUAAAAUAUUCACUCUUCAUUAAAGCUAUAUCCUGCAUCUUAUUGUGCCAAAAUCCACUGAAACACCUUUAUCCUUAUAUUAUAUCAUAUGUUUCCUUUUUGCACUUGUUAAUCUGUGAACCCUAAACAUGUAACUGUUCUUAGGUUUCAGGCAUACUACAGAUAGGUACUGUAAUUGCUAAUGCAACUUUUCAUGUUUUUGUUUCACAUCAGUUCCUUACAUUUCAUUGACUGCCUUUUUAACAUAUAUAUAUAUAUAUAUAUAUAAAAAUCAUUGAAUUUUUUUCAAAGAUCACUUCUUAUUUGAGUUAUUGAAAAGGGAUCUGUUCUUGCACAUUUUUGUAAUGCAAAUUUGUCCAUGAGUGUGACUAUUGGGCUACAGUAAAAAAGAAGCAAAUUGUAAUGUUACUAUUUUUCUUAUUAGUUAGGGUAAACCAACUUCAGAGCGAGACUCAACAUGAGACGGUUGUGUAUUUAGAGCGGAAAGGUCUAGAUGCCAGGUACUGAUUAAACUCAUUUCUUUUAUUAAAAGAAUGUUAUUUGUAUGUUGAGACAUUAACAUGAGAAUAAACUCAUUUUCUGUAUCACAA